AUGUCGUUUGCACGAUCCCUCAACAAGGCGCAGGGCUUCCUGUUGCCGUACCGGAGACCAACCUUUGGACGCACCCUUUCAAACUCGUCGGAACUCUCCCUCACGUCGAAUAACAGCGCCCGCGAUGAAGAUGUCGGCGGCGAUGCAGUACUCUCAGCGCCAGGCACGCCCGUGCUAGCUCCGAUGGAGAAUCCAUUCUUUGCAAAACACGGCUCCGAGUCUCCGGCCCUCAAGUCGCCUCGCUCUCGCCCUAUCGCCAUUGAUCUACCAAAUUCCAAAAAGUCGGGUGCUUCAGUCUUUACACCCACCGAAACCUUGUCUGCUCGCGGCGACUUACCUGGUGGCUAUUUCCCCAUGCACGAGGACCCCAAGUGUCGCAUUCAUCGCCCACAUCCCUUUCACUCCGAAAACCGCCAAAAGAAUCCAGAAAUUAAAUUCGACAUGCAAGCCCCGACAGAGUCGUCUGCCUCAGCGGCACCGUCCUGGCAGAGCACUCAUACACCCGUAUCCUCGUACAUGCCCUCAGGGCUCCACGACCAUCCCCUGCCGGUCGGCAAAUACUACCCAUCCAACUACGAAAGACGCACGCGACAGCUGCAAAAUCAACGAAAUUUUGUCUCAGAGUCCGUCGCGUCAUAUGCCAAGACGGAUGCACAGGGCACCGGCACCACAUACAAGGGCAACGAUGAUGCCCGACAGCGCCUGCAACAGUACCAGCGUGACAUGGUCGCACAGGCAUCCAUGGCGCUGGGUGGCUCUUACAAGCCGAGUAUGCUGCCCGGGAAUGCGGCGGCCCUAAGGAAUCUGCCUGUUCCAGAUGCACGACGUCCGGCAACGCCACAACGACCAAUUUCCCCGCAGCUACAGCCUUUGGGUAGUCCUGGACCUGUCACACCAAUGGACUUGGAGGCCCAAGAAGAAUAUAUCACCAAGGUCCAAGUUGUGGCCGCCGAAAAUUUAGCCCCGCCUGUCAACGACUUUGCGCCGCACUCACUUUGA